AUGGCGUCUGCUAAAAUAAGAAGGGAGCUGGAGUGUUCCAUCUGUAUGGACAUGUACACGGAUCCUGUAAACCUAGCGUGUGGACACAACUUCUGCAGGGACUGUAUUGAUCGUGUGCUGGAUAGUCAGAUGAGAUCUGGAGUUCAUUCCUGCCCUGAAUGCAGAACGCAAUACCCAACACGUCCCACACUGCAGAGGAAUAUAACUCUGUGCAACAUAGUGGAUAAUUUCCUGCCUACACAACCAGAUCAGGAGGAGACGGGAGUCUUUUGCACUUACUGUGUGGACUAUCCUGAACUUGCUGUUAAAGCCUGUCUGCAUUGUGAAGUUUCUUUGUGUGAUAAACACCUGACAGUUCACAAAACUUCAGUGGAACAUGUCUUAACCAGUCCUACAGCUUCCCUAGAAGAGAGAAAAUGCUCCAUCCAUAAGGAACUCUUAAGGUAUUUCUGCACUGAGGACUCAGCCUGUAUCUGUUUGUCUUGUUGCCUUAUUGGAGAACACAGAGGUCACCACAUGGAACCAUUGUUUAAGGCCUCUGAAAGGAAGAAGAAGCAAUUGAGAAAUGCUCUUCAAAAGCUGAUGAUUAAAAAAGAGGAGAUGGAGGGAAGAGUCCAGAAUCUGCAUGAAAGCAGACGGAAACUAGUAGAAAAUGAAGCUGGUAACACAGAGAGAGUCUCUGCCCUGUUUAGAGACCUCAAGAGACAUCUGGAAGACUUGGAGAAGAGAGUCCUGAAUGUGAUGUCCAGGGUUGCACAGCAACUCUCCUUACUAGCUCUUGAUCUGAUCCAACAACUGGAAACAAAGAAGGACGAGCUGUCCAGGAAGAUGAGUCACAUUGAGGAGCUGUGUAACAUGACGGAUCCUUUGACUGUCCUACAGAAAUCAGACUCCGGUGACUUGUUUGGUACCAAGUAUGGAGAUAAUGAGGACAAAGAUAGAUGUGAUCAACUCUUCCAUGAUGGAGGGGACCUGGAAAUGCCUGGGAUCCCGUACACAUUACACACAGGUUUAUCUGAUAUAACUAUAGGGGGGAAUGAAAUGAUUUGCAUACAGGAACCUGAUGAUAUCCUACUGGAUGUAAACACAGCUGGUAAUAAUCUCCAUAUAUCAGAUGACAAGAAAACUGCAUCCUGGUCUUCAAACCAGAAUCUCCCAGAAACACCAGAGAGAUUUCAGUAUGAUCCUCAGGUGUUAAGCAGUCACAGUUUCUCGUCAGGGCGACAUUACUGGGAGGUGGAUGUAGGAGGGUCACAGUCGUGGAGCAUUGGGAUGUGUUACCCCAGCAUGGACAGGAGAGGAGAACAGUCAUGGAUUGGCUACAAUAAGAAGUCCUGGGGUUUGGAGAGCCGGAGAAAUCAGUGUUCAGUGAUACAUGACAGUACCAGGAUCCCGUUACCUACCAAUAUCUACAGUGACAGGAUCAGGAUAUAUCUGGAUUAUGAAGCCGGGCAGAUCUCCUUUUAUGACCUGUGCGACCCAAUCCGCCACCUCCACACCUUCACCACCACCUUCGAUGAGCCCCUCCAUGCUGUGUUAGGUGUGGGACUAGAUGGUUGUAUAAAGAUAACUGGGUGAGGGGUGGGAAAUCGAAAAGA